AUGCUGGAGAAAUCUAAUGCUAACUACAAUCAAUCACCUUCUGCAGUGGACUGCGAGGAAGUCGAGGUUGCUUGCAGGUAUCUUAAGCUUUUGUAUGACUCUGCACAAAGCAUUUUGGCAACAGAAGAUCCAACGUCAAACAUCUUUUUCCAUGAGGCUUGGACAAUUCAGAGAGAGAUUUCAAGUGGCACAGAUCUUCAAGAUCCAAUUUCCAGUAGAAUUGCAAAAGACAUGCAUGAGAGGUUUGACAAGUACUGGAAUGAUUGUAAUGUCAUGCUGGCCAUUGCUAUUGUGAUGGAUCCUCGUUUCAAGAUGAAGAUUGUUGAGUUCAGUUACUCCAAAAUUUAUGGUCUGAAGGGUGUAAAGUAUGUCAAGGUGGUGGAUGAUGCUGUUCACGAGCUUUACGAAGAAUAUGUUAGACAGCCACUUCCGUUGACACCUGCCCAUGUUGAGCAAGGUGCUAAUGGUGCUCUGCCUACUGAUGUAACGAAAAUCCUAACAAAUCCACCUUCCACUGGUGAUGUACUUUCAGACUUUGACAUCCAUCUUUCAGAGGUGGCGCUGACCCAGAUCCCAAAGUCAGAGCUAGAUCGGUACUUGGAAGAAGCCUUGCUCCCACGCAUCCCAGAGUUUGGCAUCCUGAAGUGGUGGAAGCUUAACGCCGUAAAGUACCCAACUCUCUCAAGGAUGGCCCGAGAUGUCCUUGCCAUCCCAGUCUCCACAAUAGGUUGCGGCUCUAUAUUCUCGUCAGCUAGAACUGAAGCAAGGAUGCUUGACGACUACCGGAGUUCACUGCGCCCCGAAACCUUGGAGGCACUGUUCUGUGCAAAGGACUGGCUACAAAAUUCCCCUCCUGCUCCAAAAUCACCCAGUUCCACAUUGGCAAAGAAGUGA